UUCAAUUGCACCAAAGCAACAAAAAAUGAAUGAAAGAGGAAAGAAGAAGAAGCAUGUUAGGGAACCACCUUCAGUUCCUUUCAUAUGGGAAGUAAAGCCAGGCAUUCCUAAGAAAGAUUGGAAGCCAGAGGCAGAGAUCCCUAUAACCCCACUCAAACUAAUUGCCUCAGUUCCCUUUGUUUGGGAAGAAAAGCCAGGAAAACCCCUUCCCAAUUUCUCAGUGGACCACCCAGUGCCUUCAAAGCCAUUACUUAUUCAUGUAGCAUCUUCUUCAGGAUUUUCUGUUGCAUGCAACUUUGGCCAUGAUGACAAAGAGAAAGGAAGCUUAAGCUUAAGCAGCAGUGACAAUGAAAGCAUAACUACCUUAGACCUUGAAGCAUUUAGCUUUGAUGAAGAUGAGUCUUUUAUUAGUUCAGUUCCCUCAUUGCUUGCAAAUUGUCUUGUACCAUCAGCAAAAGUUUCCACUGCCAUUCCACUGAGGGAAACCACCCCAUCCUCACCAACCUCCUCAGAGACAGACAGUGGCACAAGCAGCUAUGCAACAGGCUUAUCAAGUCCAAUUGGUGCUACUUUCCUUGAGUGUCUAUUUCCUUUGUAUCCACCUAAGUCUUGCUUCCUUGAAAGUGAUGAGAAUUUGGAAAAAGUAACUUCAAGUGCACAAGAACUAAGAAAGAAAGAGCUUGAUCUUGAAGAUUGUGCCGGUGACUCGGUAAGGAGGCCACCAACACUUGGAGAGCUGAUUAUGAUGAGCCGAAGAAGAAGCUGCAGAAGGAAAGCAGUACAAAUGAAAAAAUGGGAUCCACCAAAGAAAAUCACAAGAAAGCAAGCUUUUGGAUGCUUCUCCGUUGUAACUGACAACAAUAUGAUUGAAGGGCUGCUAAAGAGAAAGUAUUUUCCCAGACUGAAACUGGUAUAGACUUGACAGGAUCAAUGAUACAGAAGAGAAGUACCAAAACUGCUCUAGAACUAAAUUCCUAUCAGGCUAUGGAUUAUAAACCAACCUCUCUUGAUUUAGUUUGUCGAGUCUGUUGCAAUUUACGGGUUUCAUUUGUUAAGAAUUUCGAAAGUGGAUUGUCAAAGAAUAUAUCUUCAUCAGUCAUUUCCAUAAGAUAGCUCAUACUCCUCAUAGCAGAACUUCUACUUACCACUAUGUACGUGUACAUUGUUCUUCCUUGGACAAGAAAGUAUUACUUUUUUCUUCAGUUAUUCUCAAA